GAACAAAUGAAGUUCUCUUUAAUGGGUGAAAUUUGUAAAUAAUGAAUAGACAUUUAAAUAUGUUCACCCAAAAACUAAAAACUAAUCCUCAUGGUGUUCCCUACCAAAUACUGUCCCGUGUUAUUUUUCUGUGGAACAAAAAAGGGGGAAAAAAAUUUUGAAUUGCAUUUUUUUUUCAUCAUGAGAAUGAGUAAAUGAUGACUUAAUUUUUUAAGGUAAACUUAUCCUGUCAAGACGACACUUGUUGAAGCAAUCUAACAAGUAGCUAUUCUUAGAAUACAUUUUAUAAAGGCUCUUUGUUCCUUUUAGUUAGACAGAAACCGAAACAUGCAAAUAAGCCACGACUUAUGUGUGAUAGUCCUCCAUUUCGAAGAAGCCUAUUAUUAACAAGUAUACAUGGUACAUCCACAAAACAGCUGAUUCACUGGAAGUAAAUGUCUUACAAAAAUCAUAUUUGUGUAUUUCAUGUUGCUUUUAUAUUGAUCAAAAUAAUUAAACCUGAACAUGGUGAAAAUGAGUUGUUUUCAAAAGUGCAAUUUAAGUCCCAUUACUGCUGCUUGUUAAAAUGCUUAAUAUUAAAGUCCCACCAGAUUUGCUGCAAAACUGUAGAUGUUUGUAUUUUAAGACCCUUGUCACCAUGUGAGUUGGUAGUAAAAUACAGGUAAACCACACACUUUAAAUAUUAUGGACAUGUUCCUCAUACUGUUCAGCUACAGUAUGACCAGCCUCAUAUUUCCUUAUUACUGCAAUGUGAAGAGCGACUGAAGAGACAAAGCAGCACACAUGGAGUGGAUGCUGUAUGAAGGUUUGAGGCUUUCGGAGGUUUAAGUGAACCGUCAUCUCAACCCUCAACAUGCCUGAUGAACGGCUGACGAACAUUUUUGAGGAGCUGAACCGACUGUCCUCUCGCAGACAGCAGCUGAUUGACAAACGCAAUAUCCUGGCAAUGCUCAUCCAGUUCAAGCAAAACAAUGGCCAGAAUGAGCAACAGUAUUCCAGAGAGACUGAAGAACUUAAAGAGAUUGAUGAGCAGCUUAAAGUUCUCACUGAAAAGAAGCUUGAACUGGUGAAUUUGCAAGAAAGAUCGGGAGGCAAUCAUUUAAUAGACACAACUGUUUCAUCUACAGACAGUCCGCCAUCUUAUCCAGCUCCGCAGGUGAUUCUGGAUGUUGAGCAACUUCCUCGACACUCAGCUCGGACGCAGUGUCCAUUCUGUCGCCAGUAUAUAACCACAGACGUCACAACCAAAGCUGGCAGUGCCGCCUAUAUUGUGUGUCUUAUUUCCAUUCUUUUUUGUUGUUUAGCUGGCUGCUGUGUUAUCCCGUUCUGCAUGGAUAGAUGCAAAGACGUCGUUCACAAGUGUCCAAAAUGUCGGAGUCACAUAAAAACAUGCAAAAAGCUCUGAGGAGUGGAAUGUUUGAAUCCCGUAAUGUGAACUGAAAAGGUUGCUGGAAUUGUUUCAGCCGUUGUCAUCCUGAACGUUUUACAGGGACAGCCCCCAUGGAAUUACCUGAAGUGGCUUUUUUAAAGGAUACGAUAUGGCGCUAUGUCACGGUUCGCUCUUUGUGGGGACGAAGCCAACUUUUCGGUUUGCCUUAAAACUGCCUCCAAAACUAUCCAUACUGAAAGGAAAAUGUAAGAUGUCUGAAUCUUCUGUGAGAUUUCAGUCUUCUGGUUUGAACUUAAAGAACAUUCAAUGCCAAAUUAGAAUUUUGGGUUGAAUAUUUGCUAGAGCACUGAACACUUUCAGGUUGUGCAGGAUUAUAAAAAAAAAAAAAAGAAAUGAAAAUGCAAUCAGGGUUUCUGCGGUUUUAAGUCUUAAAUCGCCCUUUUACAAUUUAAGGCCUUAAAAUGGUCUUAUAUCAGAGUAGAAAGUCAAGAUAUAUUUACUUGGAAUGCAAAUGUAAAAUGAAAUCUUGCAAAAACUGAAAACAAUUAAGUGAGUUUAUGCUUACAGCAAUAAUACAUAUCUGCAAUAGCGCUG